UGCUUUGUAUAAAUGACACGGCCCCGAUAAGCUAUCUUUAAAUUAAUGCACGGGUGUGCUUGUAGGUUUAUGGCGUCUGAGAAAUCGUCGUCGUCUUAUCACGCUGUCCCACACGGGUGAGCUGGACCUUAGAACUCUGCGAAGUCUGGUAAACAAGCACAGUAUAAAAAGAGAAAGAACAACAGCGUGAUCAUAACAGCAGCCUGCAAGGGACCCGGGAGAGUGUAAAGCCUGACCAUGUGGAAGGGCUUUGCUCUCGCCCUGGCUCUCUGUCUCCUCCCGUGGGGGGGAUCAGAGAGCCAGGGUCACCGCUCGCUAUGUAAGAAGCCACCGGACUGGAGAAUUGGAGAUGUUAAUCCAAUGCUGGACUCGGCUGGAAUGGUGACUGUUGUAGCUCUUCUUCAGGCUAGCUGAUACUUAUGUCUGCUGCAGGCUUCCAGGUUGGAUGAUCUGCGGUUAAAGCUAGAGAAUGAAAGCUUUGUGAACAUAUCCUACAUCGUGGUUAAUCACCAAGGAAAACAUUCCCAAGUCAGAUACGAAGUUUUAAAAUCCAAGGUCUCUGAGCACAUUCCGGUGUAUCAGCAAGACGAAAACCAAGCGGACGUCUGGAGCCUUCUGAAAGGCAACAAAGAUGACUUUUUCAUUUACGAUAGGUGUGGACGUUUGGUAAAACAUCUCGAGCUUCCCUACACGUUUUUAAGUUUCCCAUACGUUGAGGAGGCAAUAAAAACUGCAUACUGUGAACAUAAAUGCGGGGACUGCAUAAAUCAGACAUCAGAAGUUGAAGUUGCAUGCAAGAAACCAGAAGAACAGCCAACAGAGGACAAACCAGCAGAAGAGCCGAUAGAGACACCCAGGCAUCAGCAUGAUCAUGAAAAACACAGGGGGCAUGGGCACAGACAUCAGCAGCAGGAGGAAGUCCUUGUGGUAGAGGAUGGGGUCAGACAUGGUAAUCGUAGGAGAGGUCAUGGCCACAGGCACCGUGCAAGAGGAGAAGCUGGAGAAGUGAUCUCCAGACCACGGGACCGUUCUCACCAGCAUAAUGGUGAAAGAGUUGAGGAGGCUGUUCCUCAAAGAGAGGUUGUGUUUGUCCCACAAAGAGAGGCAGAUAUUCCUGUCUUAGGUAGAAAGCCUUGAAAAAAGAUUAAAAGCUGAAAGAAACAAUAUCUGUGAGACAGGCGAGAGGAGUCAGGGAAAGUCACUGAGACGUGAUGCUGACACUGACGGCAGCUUUCAUUUGAAACAACACAGAAUGAGGUGACCUGACGGUGUAAGGAAGUCCUCCCAGCGUCCUGCAGGUGACACGAGCUGCUGUCAGACAGCCUUCCUGAGUCCUGACAGUGACGUCUGCCUCCAGCUGCAUGACAUUCAGCAGAUGCGGGACUGUCUGAUGACAAGUCACCCACCGAGACAGAACAUAGCGUAGCCUGAGAAUGACCAAAAGAGACAGAAAACUGACAGUGAAAGGAACUUUGAAAGUUCCUGAUGUAAACUGUUACAGCAUUACUAUCAGCAGCCAUAUUAAACACCGCAGUUCUACAGUACGGGUUUAGGUUCAAUAAGCAGUGUUAGAAGUAAGUAAAAGAUUGUGGCAUUGGGCAAAAUUCUUAAGAUCAGUUAUGGAUUAAGGUUCCAUGGGCUCCCCAUUUAGGGCUUUGCUCUUUAUGAGUGUAGCACUUUAACUUGAAAUUAUUUAUUUCUGAACUGAAAAGUUACUUACAAAUACAAACUGUAUACUUUCACCUCUGCUUUUUUCCAUAUUGCAGAAUUUGUUUUUUUAAAUUGGCUAGAAAUUAGUUCUGGAGAACUGCGGAAUGUUUAAGUGUUUAUAUUUCUGUCUCCUAGCAUCAGCCUGGGUAGCUUGUUUUCGGCCUGGCAUGCGGUAAUGGAUUGCCCAGCAAUUUGUUGCUUGUCUCUGCCGGCCUUGAAAUAAGUUAACCGUGUGGUCCUGACAUCAAGGCAUUUUUUUUAACAUCGAUGGGAAUGCAGCUCAAGUAGAAAGCACCUCUCUCGUUCUUUCCGUAAUAUUUUGUUUGCAUUAAUGACGACCGGAGCAUAAACUAUGACCUAGGGGCUUCUGUCAGACAUCUGCAAUCAGUAGAUGGUGAGGGACUAGAGAAGAAAACCAUCUUUUAAGUUUCAUUUUAUAAUAUAGUGAUAUUUUUAGUGUUUGGUUUCUAUAAACUCAGUGUUAACUCCAUAGAUGAUAACACCUAGUUUUCUUUAAUUUCAUUGCAUUAACAGGGACUUUUAUUCCUUAUUUCUGCUGUUGUGUUAUUACAUUUAUAUACGUUUUGAUAUAUGAAUGGUUUGGUAUUGUUGGAUUGCUUUUUAAGCUGAUGCCAUAAUCAAUGAUGGUUUCUAGGGAAAAAAAACUCCUAAAUAACCUGAAUAAACUUUUUAUAGCAAUGCUAAAAAGCAAGAAUGUAGUAUGUAACAAAGUGAUGGAUUCAAUAUGUCAAAACAUGCACAAUAAAAGAAAAUAAAAAAUA